GGCUCAACGGUCCUGUGAGAUAUGGCCCUUGAAUGCCAGAGAGCGGCCACAUUGCCCGAGAGAAUGCGAAUGGAAGAAGAGAAGGCGAGAUCGUCAGAGAGCUACAUUAUUGCGGAGCUCGGCGAGGCUGAGCAGCAGGCGCUCGCGGAUUUCAAGCUCGCCAUCGCGGCGGCGGCCAAGGCCGGUGAGUUUUCGAUCCCUAGCGCUGGAAAUGCCGGCGCCACCGAGCAGGGCGAUGAUCCUCCUCCCGCCGCCGCACCGGCGGGCAUCGAUUCGUCCGAUUCGGGGAUCACUCUUUGGGGAAUCCCUCUCUUGGAUGGGAGCGGCGCCGCCGACGUCGUGAUGCUCAAGUUCCUGCGCGCCCGGGAGUUCAAGGUCGAUGUGGCCGUGGGAAUGCUCAAGAACACUGUGAGCUGGAGGAAGCGCUUUGGCUGCGAUGGGGGUUUUCUGGGAGAGGAGAUUGAGGCUGGGAUUAAGAGCACAGGCUUCUACUAUGGCUGUGACAAGGGCGGCCAUCCCGUGUGCUACAACAUCGUCGACUCUGGGAUGUAUCAAGAGCUUUUGGAUGGCCAGGACGGGUUUGAGAAGCUCUUGAGGUGGAGAGUGAAACUCAUGGAGGAUGGGAUCAAGCUCCUGGAUUUUGAUCCUCGGGGCGUCUCCAGCAUGGUCCAGGUGAUCGAUCUCAAGAACUUCUCGAUGAAGAAGAAGGCGAGGGCCGCGCUUCUCGACACUAUACAGCUUUUUUCAGACAACUAUCCGGAGCUCGUUUCAAAGCUGAUGCUUGUCAAUGUUCCGUGGUACUACAACGCUUUAUACGUCAUGAUCAGUCCGUUCUUGACACAACGGUCAAAGGACAAGAUCUCGGUCGCAACCAAACGAAAAACACCCGAGGCUUUGUUCGCGGCCAUCUCUCCGGAAAAUGUUCCAGUCCAGUAUGGAGGACUCGGAAAGGCAAACGAUGAGCUCUUCAGGAAUGCGAAGGCAACGAUCACGGAAUCCUGCGUGAAAGCCGGCUCCAUGCUUAUAAUCGAGAUCCAAAUAAACGAGGGCGACGAAGUCUCUUGGGAGCUCUCGGUUCUAGGAUGGGAUGUGAGCUAUGGCGCGGAAUUCACCCCCUCUACGGAAGGAGGCUACACGGUUAUUGUGGAAAAGCCGAGAAAGAUCUCAGCGCAAGAAUUUCAGGGAGAGGGAGAGCUCGUAGGAAAUGAUGGCAUUUGCAACACGUUCAAGACAAAAUCGCCAGGUUCGCUGCUGCUCACCAUUGACAACUCUGCCGCGAAAAAGAAAAAGCUGGUUCACUACAGAUACAUCGUCAGGGGAUGAGAUGAGAGAGCACAUCUUAAUUCCUGUCGUGCUUUGUCACAAAUGCAGGCACUAAGCAGCACAAAAGCGAUACUUUCUUCAUUGCAUUUAGUCUAAGUAAGUAUGAUAGCUUUUUUUCCACAAGGUUCUUCUGAUUACACUACAACUUAAUCAAAGGAACAAAUUUUUUGAGGAGGUAGUGUGGCACACUGGCAUUUGCUCCCCAGCUCAACACCAGCUAAGGGGACUUUAGAGUGACCACUGUGUCACAUCAUGGCCUGGUUUGUUAGCCACUAUUCUAAGUACAAAGAUCCCCCUGACCAUUGCAAAUC